AUGGAUCUUUCUCAACUUCCGGAUAUCACCAGUCUGCUUGUCAGGCCAGAUAACCCUCCACGAGAUGAUCUCGAAGGAAUGGACUACGCACGAUGUGUAGCUCUACACAAUUACCUGAUCCAAUAUGCCUGGCUCGCUGAAGGCCGCCCACUAGCAACUCUGAAUGCCAACAGCAACUUUUUCACGGCCUUCGGUGAUGAAGCUGAAGCUGAGGCUUGUCGUCCAAGGCUUGAUCCGUCACUGGCGGCGUUCCUUGACACCGCUAUGGUGUCUCCUUUCCCUUAUGAUAAUCCUCACGAGUACCUCCCAUUCUCUGUUUUUGCAUGGGGUAUCGAUGGGCCAGAAACACUUUUUGACGAAUUUACAGCUGAUAUUCACGAUCAGCCCGUUGAUAGCCUGGUGCGCUUGUACGCUGCGGAAACGAGCUUAUCGGCUGAGGAAGGUGGUGGCGGGGUCAUCUACCACCAAGGCUUCCACCGCGUCGCAACCUUCAUGCAUCUUGAUGACUUCGGCUAUGGCUUUCCAGUUGAGGCUAAUUCAUACGCUUGGAACCCCCUAGAGACACUCCUCACCAAUUGGAUCGACCUUAUUCAUAUUGGAAAAGUUGUGGCUUCGCCUAAUAAAGAAUCAGCCUUAUUUGACUUCGAGAAGAUCGGGCCCUGGGAGUGGCGGCCCUAUAGCGAUUCCCAAGUUACUACGUGUGUCGCCGAGUGGGAUCGACUGUGUCAGGCUAUUGAGGCGCGCAUCUCACAGCUACCACACCCACCAUCACUGAUUAGCCCUAGCUCCGGGUCUAAUAUAGACAGUCUAGAGCCAUUGGUCGCAUCAGCUAUCCUAAACGCUGCUUUAGUGCCUAACCCUUCCUUUGCACAUGCGUUUCUAACGCGCGCGAGACGGCCUCAGUUCCGCUACAUUGCUCCAGGCCUUCUCUUGCCACCCGCUGACUCGGCUAGAUUUACGGCAGCGCAGCCAUUCAGCGUAUUGCCCCGAUCUAAGUACACUGCACCGCCAGUAUGUCUUUUCCCCGCUGAUACCGGAGACCACCGUCCUAUCCAGCUCACAAGAACAACAACUCCAUUUUUAUUGCCGGACUUUUAUUCAAGGUCCACCAAAACUUGUACACCAUCUCGCGUCUCUGCAGGCCUAUAUACUGAAGCAGUGGAGAGAAACGGCCGUGAUGUGGCCGAGGAGGGAUUUCGGCUAUUGCUUCCGUUCACCUUUAAUGGUGAUUCGGACAAGAGCGUGGCCGCACGAAAAAGCGAUGGGUCCCUUGUUGACAGAGGACGCUUUUCAGAGCUCUUUCAGCAUGGAUAUAAGCCUUUUGGCGGUGACUACUACCGCUCCCAGCGGCUGGAGCGUUUGCUGGGUUGUUGGCGCAAACUGGUUGAAAAAGGCGUCUGGUCUGUGGGGGCGGAUGGAGUAGAAGGUACUAUCGAUACUUUCAAAGAUGCUGAGUCCGACCGCUCGGAGGACUAUUAUAUCCCAGCCACGUGGUAG